UUUAAGUGGUAAUUUAUUGGUUUCUUGUUGAGGCUACAAACCUCAAAACAAGCCUUAAAACAUAGCCAGAAGUCCGAAGUGAAUCUUAAAGAGUUAAAAGCCAUUUAACUGUGUUCCUCUGAAAGCCCUAGGCAGUAUCUAUUGCUGUGUCUUCCAGCUUCCAGUGGUUACUACAGAGAUUGGAGGAGACUGCAGAGCUCCAACCCCUGCCUCAGUGGUCCUACCUCCUCCUCCUUGUCCUCUGUAAAACUGGCUCUCUUCUGGAAUUGGUCGGGACUAACAGUGAGAUGGCCUGUUUCUUUUUCUAUCAGUGUGACCAUACCUAGCAUGAAGAAACUUAUGGGAGGAUGGAUAUAGUUUGGCUCAUUGUUUUAUCAAGUAAAGUCCAUGGGCAUGGAAGGCAUAAUUCUGGACUCAGAAGUGAGGUAUCAAAGGUGAACUGUAAUACAUUUAUGCUGAGUUGUGCAUAUUUUCUGGGAAAUUGGCUCUUGUGGAAAUAUGGCAGAAUGUGUCUACAGCUGCCUGUGUUACUGGGUUCAAAACAGAUACAGUGAGGUCAGCCCUGCUUUACAAUGCCGAUGGAUUUUGUCUGGCAUCAUCAGAAAAUAACAAAAUGAAACAAAGCACAGCAGCAACACCACCACCAGCAGCAGCAGCAACAGCAGCAGCAACAGCAACAACAACAACAACAACAACAACAACAACAACAACAACAACAACAACAACAAAACUGUCAACUGAAUACAUUUUGCAGAAAUUUGAGGCUAAGUCAUUAUAGGCACAUUUUAUCCUAAUUUUAAACAAUUUGAAAAAGUUCCAACUGUGUUCAACACUUCUCUAACUUCCCUAACAGUACAAUACUAAACAGUAAUUAAUAUUUUCAAAAUUAAGGGUUGUGUAUAUGUUGUGGGUUGUAAGACAAUCCAAACAAAGAGGCUAAAAGAAUGCAGAUAAGGAAAGGUCCCUGACAGUUAUGUUACCAUUGGCCCCCUUUCUUUCCGCCUAUUUUCAUUUAAUGCUUACUCUGAGCUAGGAGUUAAGGGGUGCACAGAGAUGAAAACUUAUUUUCUUACUUGACCUAUUAUUGGGUGUCUUACAGUCACUAGAUUGUUCUAUCCCAUGGUUUGGAGUCUGGGAAGACUAAGAUUGGGUCCAGUAGUAGACGGUGGAAUCUGCUGAAGGUGCAACUUGCUUAGGGGACUAUGAAGGAUGAAUGCAUGACAAAAAAUGAUAAAUCUUGAGAAAUAAACUGAGCAAAGCAGUAGAUUCCUGUCAUCUAGGGAUAAAUACCAUGGUGGUUCCAAGAUUCAAACAAGAAGCUGCCCUGGGCACUGUAAUCAUUGGCUGAACUUUGUUUUAAAGUCCCGAUGAAGCACCUAAAAGCAAGCCGUCUCCAUGGGGCCUGAGUACCAGUGACUCAAGAUUCAUCAAAAGCAAGAACAUGGAACGACAUUCACAAUUUUCCAUCUUGUGUAUUCUCUUCCAUUUCCAAACUGUUAUGCAGCAUUCUCUUAAAAACCUGUGCAUCGGAGAGACAAGGAAAUGUCAAGAAAAUUACACCAGACAUAGUCAAGACCAUUAAUACAGGGGAAGGACUGAGUUAUCUGAAGUGAAAGGUUGGGAGGGUUGUAAGCUGAAGUAAGCAGUGGAAAGCAUUGGAGGACUAGCUGGGUCUUGGUCUCUGGGUGUGUUGAAAGAAACCUUUAACAGACUUCUCCCUUUGCUGAAAAUUGAGAGAGGAGCCACUUUCUCCUAGGAUUACAGUGCUUCAGCGUACCAAGGAAGACAUUUUUGGGUUGCAAAUAUGACCAAAGGUUAGUGUGUGUGUGUGUGGGGGGGGGGGAGAGUUGGAUGCCAGUAUGUCAGAGAGAAGGUGAGAGUACAUGCAUGCUGUGAGAAGAGAGGGCAAAGGCCCAGAUACAGAAGGAAGUCUCUAUGAGUACAGUUAUGUAUGUGGUGUGUGUGUGUGUGUGUGUGUGUGUGUGUGUGUGUGUGUGUGUGUGUGUUCAUGGUCAGGGGCUAACCGUACUACUUUCCUUCGAUCUCCAGAAGGCAAAGGUUUCAGUCCCUAACUCAUCAUUUUUCACAAGGUGGCAGCUUUAAAGAGGAUAUGCACUGCCUCAUUAGAGGGAACUGAUUGAGACCCUCACUGUGACAGAAGCUCAGGCUGGGAUAGUGUGAUUCUAUAAUUUUCUGGUCCUGUCAGCUUCCUAGAAAUGAUACUGUCAGGGCCUUCUGCACCCAUCCUUUAGGAAAACAAGUGUAUUUUCAGCUGAAAGAGGAUUGUGCUGUAUUUAACCAGAGACUAGCCAAAACAUAGAACCCUCCUUCCAGAUCGGACCAUCAAAGGCCAGCCCAGUUUGCAGCACAGAGGAGUGAAAAGCUCAGUUGGUAUUGGUUGGUAUUUCAGUUUACUUUGCCAAGGGCACCGGGUAUGCAGACCUGAAAAUCCAGGCUCCUGGAGAAGCAGAAGUUAUUUUAUUUUCUAAAGGCCUUGAUAUUUCCCAAACGAACUUUAAAAGGGCCAAGUACUUCCACCUGAAGCUUCUUCAUAAGGUGGUGAGAUUUUAGAGAAAACAAAGGCCUGGGAAUGGGGUGGAGGUCCCCAAAGGGCUGAAUUUAACAGCUCUUUGCCCUGAUUUCCUGAACUUGAGGAUUUUGUGACCUCCGGUACAGGCUUUCUUCCCUCUUCUCCAGUUCUCCGAAGUGCAUCUAGCUAGUUAGUCAUAUGUCUUGCUCUCGAAAUUUCUGCAUCCAAUUCUUCCAAGAACUGAAUGUCGCUCAUUUUGGUCAGCAGGCUGCCUCUCCUGAACUAGUCUGACUUGCAGAGAUGGAGGGGAGGGGACAGCCUAUAGUCACUUGGUGGCGCGCGCGAGCCUCUCAACGCCCUGGCGGCACCUGCUCUUGACUCCAGCCCCACCCGCAUCCCUGUGCUCUGGGAACCGCGCUCCCAAUCGUCCCUAGCAGCAGAGCACCAGGAGCUCAGGGUCCGGUUGGGCAGCUGAGUGCCAUUCGGGUUUGGCCUUUGCAGAAGGUGUUGCGGAAUGCGGGCGCCCCGGGAGCCAGCUUCCUCCCUGCUGCUGCUCCCCAAUCCCCGCCCAUCCUUUUCUGGGCUCUGAAAACCCAAGGCUUCCCAGAACAGUUUAGGAUCAGCCAUAGGACUACAGCUAGCCAGCUGCGCGGAGCUUUCUGGGAAGGACAGCAGCUCGCCCUAGGGUAGCAGCGGAGCCUCGGGGUUUAGCAAGCGAGAGGGAAGGGCGUGUGCAUCGUGUGCCUGUGUGUGUGUGUGUGUGUGUGUGUGUGUGUGUGUGUGUGUGUGUCAGACCGUGAGGGAUGGCUGUCUGGAUCUGAGCGAAGGAGAGGGCAGGGGAUUGAGACAGAUCUCUCUUGGUGUCCCCGCCCGCUCCUGCUCCCCGGCGCCCUUCACCAUGGAAUUGCGCCGAGUUGGGACGGACCUAUGCAGCCACCAGGAACUGGCUGUCGGGCCCCGAGAUUCGGCAGGUACUCGCGCUUGGAUGGCGAGGUAGGAUGGCCACGCAGCGCGAUUCCUGCCGUCCCCACGCAGCGGUCCCCCGGAGGUACCUCUGACUCUGGAAGCGUACAGGGGUGUGGGAGGAGGCCACCCAGCCGCGCCUGCACCUUCGCCAGUCGUUUCGCCUCUACCCACUCGCACCUGCCGCUGCGCGGAUACCAUGUCUAAGGCGGCUGGAGGCUCAGCGCCAGCGGCGGAAAGUUGUCCCUCGGCUCCGGCCGGUGCGUCGACACCCACGGGCGUGGAUGAUCUAUCUAAAGUGACGGACGAAGAGCUGCUGCAGUGGAGCAAGGAGGAGCUGAUCCGCAGCCUGCGGCGAGCCGAAGCCGAGAAGGUGAGCGCGAUGCUGGACCACAGCAACCUCAUUCGCGAGGUCAACCGCCGCCUGCAGCUGCAUCUCGGCGAGAUCCGAGGGCUCAAGGAUAUUAACCAGAAACUCCAGGAAGACAACCAGGAACUGAGGGACCUAUGCUGUUUCCUGGAUGAUGACCGGCAGAAAGGCAAAAGGGUGUCCCGGGAGUGGCAAAGAUUGGGUCGCUACACAGCUGGAGUGAUGCACAAGGAAGUGGCCUUAUACUUGCAGAAGCUGAAGGAGCUGGAGGUGAAGCAGGAGGAGGUGGUGAAGGAGAACAUGGAACUUAAGGAACUCUGCAUGUUGCUGGACGAGGAGAAGGGCGUAGGAUGUGCCGGCAGCCGCUGCUCCAUCGAUAGCCAGGCCAGCCUGUGCCAGCUGGUUGCCUCCGCUACCCCCUAUGUGCGAGAUGUGGGUGAUGGCAGCAGCACCUCUAGCACUGGCAGUACUGAUAGUCCUGACCACCACAAACACCAUGCCAGUGGGGGAAGCCCUGAACAUUUACAGAAGCCCCGGAGCGAGGGCAGCCCAGAGCACACCAAACACAGGAGCACUAGCCCUGAACAUCUACACAAACCCAGGGCUUCUGGGACCCCAGAUCACUCCAAAGCACUGAAAGGACCCAGCCCUGAGCACCACAAGCCCUUGUGCAAGGGCAGCCCCGAGCAGCAGAGGCACCCACAUCCAGGGAGCAGCCCAGAAGUGCUGCCCAAGCACGUGUUGAGUGGGAGCCCUGAACAUUUCCAGAAGCAUAGGCCAGGAGGCAGCCCGGAACACACCAGGCACAGUGGAGGGAGCCCUGAGCAUCUUCAGAAACAUGCCCUUGGUGGGAGCCUGGAGCACCUCCCCAGAGCCAGGGGAACAAGCCCAGAGCAUCUCAAACAACAUUACGGGGCCAGCCCUGAUCACAAACAUGCAAGUGGCAGUGGAGGCAGCGGCGGGGGCAGCAGGGAAGGCACCCUCCGGCGGCCUGCUCAAGAGGAUUCAUCAUCCCAUCACCGGAAUGUCUACAGCGGCAUGAAUGGUGGGUUACACCCCCAGGGACAUAAACCAAACAUCACACAACAAGAUACAAUAAGACCAGGCACAAACCUUCACAUCAAGGCUGGAUGAAGCGACUCUUUAGAAGGAAAGGAUUCCCAAGAAGAUGCUAAAGAAUCAGAGACACCUCUUCUCCCACUGUCAGGAGGACCCCAAACCAACAACUAUAAAAAUAUACAGAGGAUCUAUUGCAGACUCAUAUAGGUUGCCUCUUCUGUCUCUGUGAGCCCUAUCCUGCCUACUUGAUCCCAUUUGUCAUUCUCUCUCAGUGUACUCAACUGCUCUGGUUCCCACAAUUCUUCCUCUCCUUUCCUUUGUGAGGUUUCCUGAGCUCUGAGGUGGGGGUGCCUAGGGACCUAAUGGAGACCUUCAAUCUAGGCUCUCUCUUUGCUUAAUGUUUGGCUGUGGGUUUCUGCAUCUGUUCCUAUCAGCUGCUGGAAGCAGCCUCUCUGAUGAUGACUGGGCUAGGCACUGAUCUAUCUGGAUAGCAGAACAUCUUCAUGAUUCAUUGAUUUUUGUUGUUUUUGCUUUUACAGUUGUGUUUGUCCUAGGUCUCUGAACUAUCCAGCCUCCAAUUUCUGGUUAUCCAGUCAGUGUUCAUCAUGGGCUCCCUCUGCUGAUAUAGGCCUCAAAUUAGACCAGCCAUUGGUUGGCUGCUCUGACAAGUUCUGUGCCACCAUUCAGCACCAUAGCAGACAGGGCAGGUUGUUCAAAGUUUUUGUGGCUGAGUUGAUGUAACAGUUUUACCACUAGAUACCUUGCCUGGUUACAGAAUAUGACUGUAUCAGGCUACAUAGCCUUCAUUACUAGGAGUCCUUGCUUGGGUCACCCUCAUAGAAUCUUGGGAGUUUUCACUACACUAGGCUUCCCCAUUACCCCCAAGAUAUUCUCUAGUUCCAGUUGUCUCUCCCUAUAUAGUCUCCUCCCAUUCCUUCUACCCAACCUGAUCCCUUCUAUUCCUGUCCCCAUCUGUCCCCAGUUCACACACAAAAUCUAUUUGUUUCUUCUUUCCAGGGACAUCCAUGUGCCCAUGGUAGAGUCCCCAUUGUUAUUAAAUCAUCUCUGGGUCUGUUGACUGUAGCAUGGUUAUCCUUUAAUUUAUAGCUAAUAUCCAGUUACAAGAGAGCAUAUGCCAUGGUUGUUUUUAUGGGUUUGGGCUACCUCACUUAGGAUGAUUUUUUUUUCUUAUUCCAUUCAUUUGACUUCAAAUGUCAUUGUUUUCAACUGAAAAAUACUCCACUGUGUGUAUGUACCACAUUUUCAUUAUUCAUUCUUUGUUUGAGGGACAUCUAGGUUAUUUCUAGUUUGUGGCUAUUAUGCAAAAAGCUGCUCUAGACAAGGAUGAGCAUGUCUCUUUGUGAUAGGAUAGAACAUCUUUUAGGUGUAUGUCUAAGAGUGCCGUAGCUGAAUCUUGAGAUAGAUCAAUUCGCAAUUUUCUGAGGAACCACCAUAUUGAUUUCCAUGGUGACUGUAGAAGUUUGCACUCUCACCAGCAAUAGAAGAUUUUUCCAUUUGCUCCACAUUAGUCAUUAGGACAGGUGUAAGAUGGAAUCUCAGAGUAGUUUCAGAUUUGUAUUUCUCUGAUAGCUAAGGAUGUUGAACCUUUAAGAAAAAAAAAAACUGUUUCUCGGCUAUAUGAGGUUCCUCUAUUGAGAAUUCUCUGUUUAGAUCUUUCCCUCAUUUUUUAAAGAAUUGGAUUAUACUCUUUGUUGAUGUUUAGUUUCUUUAUAUAUUUUGAAUAUUAGCCGUCUAUUAGAUGUGGAGUAGAAGAAAAUCUUUUCCCAUUCGCUUUGGCCCUUUUGAUGAUGUUCUUUGUCUUUCAGAAGCUUUUCAGUUUCAUUUGUUAAUUGUUUAUCUUGGUUCCUUUACUAUCAGGAUUCUGUUCAGGAAGUUGUCUCCUGUGCCAAUGCAUUCAAAGUUAUUCCUCAUUUCCUUUUCUAUCAGUUUCAGUUGGUUUUAUGUAGAAAUCUUUGAUCUAUUUAGACUUGAGUUUUACACAGGGUGAUAGAUAUGGAUCUAUUUUCAUUCAUAUGCUGAUAUCCAGUUAAGACCAACACCAUAGCUUGAGAAGACUUUCUUUUUCCCGGUGUGUAUUUCUUAAAAAUACACCAGUGCUUUUUUGUUUAAAAUUAAAAAAAAUCAAAAUUAGAUUUCCAUAGGUGCAUGGAUUUAUAUUUGGCUCUUCAAUUGGACUGUACCAAUCAGCAUGUCUAUUUUGGUGCUAAUAUCAUGCAGCUCUUAUUACUAGAUCUUGAAAUCAAGUAUGGUGAUAUAUCUUGAAGAUUUAUUACUAUUCAGAAUUGAAUUAUCUAUUUUGGAUUUUUUUGUUUUUCCAUAUGAAGUUGAAUAUUGUCCUGUUAAGGUCCACAAAGAAUUAUGAAGGAAUUUUUAUUGUUGCAUUGAAUCUGUACAUUGAUUUUGGCAGAAUGGUCAUUUUUACUAUGUUAAUUUUACCAAUUCAUGACCAAGCGAGGUCUUCUUCAAUUUCUUUCUUCAAAUCCUUGACAUUUCAUAUUAUUUGAGGCUAUUGUAAAGAGGUUGUUUUCCUGAUUUCUAUGUCAGUCAAUUUGCCAUUUGUAUAUAGAAGAGCUACUGAUUUUAUUUUUAUCUUGUUAUUUUUAAUUAUUUAAUUUAAUCUUUGUAUCCAGUAACUUUUCAGAAAGUGUUUUUCAGUUAUAGGAGUUCUUUAGUGGAAUUUUUAGGGUCAUUUAUGUAUACUAUCAUAUCAUCUUCAAAUAUAAUACUUUGGAUAUAAUUUGUAUCCUCUUCAUCCCCAGUUGUCUUAUUGCGGUAGGUGAAAUUUUAGGUGUUAUAUUGAAUAGACAUGGAGAGAGCAGGCAGCCUUUUCAUGUUUCUUAUUUUAAUGAAGUUGCUUUGAAUUUCUCUCCAUUAAAUUUGAUUUUAGGUAUAGGCUUGCUGUUAGUUGUCUAUUAUACUUAGGCUUGCUGUUUGUUGUCUAUUAUACUUAGGUGUAUCCCAUGUAUCCCUAAUCUCUCCAGUACUAUCAUGAUGGGAUUUGAGAUUUGUCAAAGGCUUUUUUGGCAUAUAAUGAGAUGAUAUGUGGCAUUUUUCUAUCAGUUUAUUUAUAUGCUGGAUUAUAUUUACUGAUUGCCAUGUGUUGAACCACCCUUGCAUUUCUGCAAUAAAGCCUAUUUGAUCAUAGUAAAUAAUCCUUUUGAUGUAUUCUCAUGUUUUGUUUACAAAUAUUUUACUAGUUUUGAAUCUUUGUUCAUAAGGGAAAUUGGACUGUAAUUCUAUUUUUUGUUGAUUCUUUAUUAGGUCUGAGUAUCAGGGUAAUUGUUUUCUCAUAAAGUGAAUUGAGAAGUGUUUCUUCUGUUUCUAUUUUGUUGAAUAAUUUAAGGAUUAUUGGUGCUAGCUUUCCUUUGAAAUCCUGAUAGAAUUCUUCAAUAAAACCAUGUGGCCUUAGAUUUUUUUCUUUGACUGUUGUUUGGAGACUUUUAGUGACUGCUUCUACUUUACCAGGGCUCACAGGUCUAUUUACACUGCUUAUCUGUCUAGCUUAAGCUUUGGCAAGUGCUGCCUAUCAAGAAAUUUACCUAUUUCCUUUAGAUUUUCCAAUUUGGUGGCAUAUAGGUUUUUAAAGUAUGUCCUUAUGAUUCUCCUGAUUUUGUUGGUGUCUGUUGUUGUCGCCUUGUUUGUUUCUAUUUUUUUUAAAUUUUGAUAUUCUUUUUCCAUCUUUUAGUUAGCUUAGAUAAGGGUUUGUCUAUCUUGUUGAUUUUCUCAAAAAACAACUAUUUGCUUCAUUAAAUUUUUUAUAUCAUUCUCUUCUAUUUUAUUGAUUUUAGCCCUCAAUUUGAUUAUUCUUGCCAUCUUGGACAUGUGUAUUUCUUUUUUUUCUGGAGCUUUGAGGUAUGUGGUUAAGUUGCUAGUAAGAAAUCUCUUCAAUUAUUUUACAUGGGCACUCAGUGCUGUGAACUUUCUUUCCUUUUAGCACAAUUUUCAUUGUAUUCCACGAGUUUGAAUAUGCUGUGUGCUUAUUUCAUUGAACUCUAGAAACUAAUUUCUUUCUUCAUGUCUGUCUUGGCUCAUUCUUAAUUCAGUAGACAGUCAGUUUCCAGGAGAAUUUUUGUAGGCUUUCUGUUGUUGAUAACCAGAUUUAGUUUGUGGUGGUCUGGUAGGAUGCAGGGAAUCUAUUUUCUUAUAUCUAUUGAGACUUGUAUUGUGUCCAAGUUUGUGGACAAUUUUGGAGACAGUUCCAUGUGUUACUGAGAAGAAGGUAUAUUCUUUUGCAUGUGGGUGAAAUGAUCUAUAAAUAUUCUGAAAAAUUCUGUUAGGUUCCUUUUUUAUGUCAAAUAGCACCAGCAUUCCUCUAUUUAGUUUUUGUCUGGAUGAGGUGAUCCAACUAUCAGUGUGUGAACAUCAGUAUGUAAGAUAAGCUUUGGUAAUAUUUCUUUUUAAAAAGUAGAUGCCUUUGUGUUUGGGGCAUAGAUGUUAAGAAAUGAUACAUCAUAUGGAUGGAUUUUUCUCCUUUGACUACAUAGUGCCCUUUGUCAUCUCUUUAAUAAAUUUUGGCUUGAAGUUUAUUUAUUUAUUUAUUUAUUUAUUUUUUAGAUAUUAACAUGGCUACACCAGCUUGCUUUUCAGGUCCAUUUGAUAGGGAUAUCUUGAUAUUGAGGUGUGUUCCUUGAGUGCAGCAGACAGAUAAGUCCUGUUUUCAUAUCCAUUGUGUUGAUCUGUGUCCUUUUAUUGGGGGAUUGAGUCCAUUAAUAGUGAAAGAGAUUGGUGGCUAAUGAUAUUAAUUCUUAUUUUGUUGUGGCUUUGGUGGUGGUGGCGGUGGUGGUGGUGGUGGUGGUGGUGGUGUAUGUGUGUAUGCUUCCCUUCCUUUGGUCUUGGUAGUAUGACAUUGUUUAUUUCUGGUGUUUUGUGUGUGUAGUUAAAUUCCUUGGUUUGGAUUUUUCCUUCUAGCACAUUCUGUAAGACUGGGUUUGUAGAUAUUGUUUAAAUUUGAUUUUAUCACAAAAUGUUUUAUUUUCUGUAUGGUGAUUGAAAGUUUUGCUGAGUAUAGUCACCUCUGCUGGCAGCUUGGUCUUUUAGAGUCUCCAGCACUUCUGACUAAGCUCUUGUGGCUUUUAGUGUCUCCUCUGAAAAGUCACAUGCGAUUCUAUCUAUUUUAUGUGUUACUUGGCCUUUUUUCCUUCACAGUUCUUAAUAUUCUUUCUUUGUUCAGUAUGUGAUGAGGGGGAUCGUCUUUUCUGGUUCAAUAUAUUUAGUGUUCAGUAUGCUUAUUAUACCUUAAUAGACAUGUCACUUUUUAGGUUAGGAAAAAUUUUGUUGAAAAUAUUUUCUGGGCUUUUGAGCUGGUACUCUUUUUCUACCUUAAUUCCUAUUAUUCUUAGGUUUGAUUUUUUUCAUAGUGCCCCGAUUUGUUACAUAUUUUGUCCCAGGAAGGUUUUAGACUUUAACAUUUUCUUUGAUAGAUGUAUUCAUUAAUUUUAUUGUAAUUUCAAUGACUGAUUUUUAUCUCCCAUCUAUAUUAUGUUUAUGAAGCUUGCCUCUGUAGUUCCUAUGCACCUAUCUAGAUUUUUUUAUUUCUAGAUUCCCGUUAUUUUGUGCUUUCUUUAUUGCUUCUAUUUAUAUUUUCAAGUCUUGAACAGUUUUAUCCAUUUUGACUAACUAGUUUUCUUUGCUUUCUUUAAGGGACUUAUGAAUUUCCUCCAAUUUCUUUGUAUUUUCCUGGUUUUCUGUAAGGGAUUUAUUCAUUUCCUCUUUAAGAACCCCUAUUACCACCAUUAAGUUUGUUUUUAAGGUCUUUUCCUUGUGCUUCAGCUGUGUUGAAAUAUUUAGAGCCUGCUGUGGUAAAAUAGCUGGGCUCUGGUCAUGAUAUAUUGCCUUGGCUGUUGUUGAUCAUGUUCCUAUGCUGGUGUCUAACCAUCUGGUUCUAGGAUGAUUAUAGUGCUGAUUUCUGAGUUUCUCUGUGUUGGGUGUGUGUUUUGUUUAUUUACUUUUUGUCUCCUCUCUGGUCCUCUGGUAUUCGUGGCCUAUAUUUGAGUGAGGUGUAUCUAACAGAGUUAGGGGCUGGAUUUCUUGUAGCCUCUAUGGCUUCUGGUUGAACAGGUGGUGUCUGCCAGAGUUGGUGUCUGGGACAGGGCAACAGAAGGAUUGACAUGAUUGGGAAUAGGGUAGGGGGCACUGAGAUAAGGGGGAUCAGUGUGCAGACAGCUCACUUGAUGUUCUACAACCAGAGAGGAUUCUUGUUGAGAUGUGGUUUUCUGCCUGAGUUAGGAACUAGGACAUGGUAGUGAGAAGGGAGGGAGGAUUGAGGAUAAUGGGUGUGGUGCACCAAAAGAGUCAGGGAGGUUCGAGGGUAGGUAGCCUACUUGGACUUCUUGUGGCCAGCUUGGCCUCUGUUUGAGCAAAGGGUCUCCACCUGAGUUGCUUUUGACUACAUUUUAAUGGACAGUAACUGUGUUUCUCUUUCUCAUCACCUUAGCCACCAGGACACAUGGGAAGAAAUUCUCCACUUGGCAUAAGUCAAGGUCUCUUUAGAAAUGUCUUUGGCCACAUUGGUAGGAAUGCCAAAGUUAUAAGCCUAGCUUUUGAGAGUUUCUUAUUCCUUCUUAUGUUGGCAGUUUAGAGACUAUUUAUCUCUAGAUCUCUAAAAAAGAGAGGUUGUGUCUCCCAACAACUCUUUCUCCACAGGAGAAACCUGGACCUAGACACUAUCGCACCUUUCAAGUUGGCAGAAAACAAAAUUAAGACAGGGUUUUCUGCAUGGCCCAGGCUAGUCUGUUUCCUAGUCCAUCUCCCCAGUGCUAUUAGGUACACGGAUACAGUACACAGGUAGCCCUGAUUCAUGAAACUAGUCUUCUAUGAAGUGUUUUUCAACUUGACUGCAGACUAAAUUUAUUCUAUCUUUGGAAUUAUCAGUGGUUGAGGCCUUUACUCAAGUAUGCAUAUGAUGCUGACUGGAUGCUUACCCUGUACACUUUCAGAUAUCAUUCACUAGUGGCAUGAAUGAUCAGGCCAGGGGAAAACCACUCCAUGUAUAACGAGCUGUGGCUUUCUGUGAAUGCUUCAAACACUAAGUAUCUUGUGAAGAAGAAAGUUAUUUCUUCUUCUUUUUAACUAACUCCAUGAGUAUCAGGACUAAAAAUAGAACACAGGACUGGUGAGUCUUUACUCCUCUCAUCUCUAAGUCAAGGCUGUCUGAAUGUUCAACUGCUUUGCAGAAAAAAAAAAUCCAAUUUUUUUUUUGUCCUGUGGAAUUGUUUGACAAUUCAGGGAGAGGUUGUCAUGUGAAUGGUGGAGGACUGCUUUAGCAUUUAAAGGUUGUGCAUCCAGCAGGGAAAUGGAAUAUAGCUUUCUAAUUUGUUCACAGUAGUGCAAGCCCUACAAUAUUGAGUAUUUCCCACAAGACAAUGCUGCAUUUCAAGCCUACAAAGUGUUUAGUUGUUAUACUACUUCUAAUUGCCUAAAUGGCAAGAGUAGAUUCAUCUGUGAGAGUAAGAUAACCCUUGUAGGAGAAACUCUGCAGGAUUUCUCCAGAGCAAGGUUUACAAUGGUGUACCAUAGCAGAGAUGAUCACUCUUAUAAAUCUGUUGUUUUGCUUUAAAAGUAAAAGCCAGAACACUGCUUAUCCAUGUAUCCAGACAGUAGAAAUUGAAGUUCUCUUGAAAGAUCUUUAGUUUUGAAAUGUUAGUACUGAAUUUCAUAUCUUGUAUGUUGUGCAGUGUUAAAUAGUUAAUGAAACACAAAGUACUUUUUUCUUAAUAUCUUAGCAUGAUUUGGUAAGAAAAUUAUUGAAGAAGUUUUAUUUGUGAUAAUAACAAAGUAUUUAUUCUUUGUUAGUCUUAAAAUCUUAGAGGUGAGGCCAUUGGAAGACCUGGAAGGUUUAGAAAUGAAUCAGUUUUGCUGUGAUUGGUUCUCACCUCCCCUGAAAAUGAAUCCACAAAGCCAUGUAUGCUCUUUAAUCUAGGUGGCCAUCUUUUCUGUAGGAAGAUUAUUUGUGUUUUCUUAUGUGUAUGUAUUUAUGUACAUUUUGAUAACUUAAAUAUUGUAUCUGAAGAAUGCCAAACACUGAGCUGAUUGUUUAGUCAAGCAAAUAUUAAAAUGUCUCUGGCACCCAGCCACAUGAGUUGUUGCUGUGAAUUCAAUCAAGAAUCUCUUUCCUCUAAUAAAAAGCCUAUUCUUUUACUUUAAAUCACUUAAAUAUGUCUAUAUUCUGAUAAUUGCAACUUUUAGAAGAUAUAAUAAAAAUAAUAGGGUCAUUGAAUUAAUUGGAAUUUAAAGCAAAGCAUGAGAAAUACAAACCUCUGUGCUGUUGAGUGUCAUGAGGUAAAGAUGUUUAAAAAGUGACCUAUGGAUAUAGGUGUAUGGGUAGAUGUUCGUCCUCACAUGAACAAGAAAAUACUGUGGAAACACAAAAGAUAUAGAACUGCCUAAUCAGUAAUGAUGCAGUAUUCUGGAAGCACUGUUGUAGAGAUCUCAGUUAAACUCCAGGUAGAAACAGAAAUGUGUAUCCAAAUUUUUCCCGACUGAAAAUUUUGAUAAUAGUCUUAAUAUUUCUCAAAUUUCAUUCAUAUUCCUGGAUGAAUACCAUGCUAUCAGUGGUACUCUUUUCCACCCACAGCAUGCUUGACUCAUGUUGUUGUUUUUAACAGUCUACUGUAGCUGGGAGAAUUGAUAACCACAGUUUAUAACUGUGUGUAUGAAAAUGAACAAAUGAUGUUGAGCUGUCCUUCUGUGAGUAAAGGGUCCUCUCUCUGUAUUUUUCCUUUCUUUCCCCCCUUGUCUCUCUGUUUUUGACUCUCUCUCCUUCUUUCUCUCUCUCUCCCUUUCUCUCUCUCUCUUUCUUUCUUUCUUUCUUUCUUUCUUUCUUUCUUUCUUUCUUUCUUUCUUUCUUUCUUUCUUUCUUGUGUGUAAUGUAUGUAUGUGUGUGCUUGUGUAUGAGAGAACAAUGGUGACACCAAUAGACAAACUUACAUGCAAGGCAGCAAUAUCAUUGGGGUAUCAACCUUGGAUAAAGAACUAAAGACUAAGGAAUUCUGGGAACAGGAAAAGAGCCCCCAAAUUGGUUAUCUAAUACCAAAUGAUCAGCCAUGAAAUUAUAUACAUACAAAUAACAUAUAGACUUAGCAAUUUUCAUUUAUGUAUUUAGGCAUACAACCCUCCCACUCCCAUAACAACAAUUUUAAAAAUAGUGAGUGGAUGUACAUCUAGAGUGGAUACAGAGGUUGGCCUCUGGUGCCUUCUACCUUAACCAUCAUAUCUUUUGGGAAGUGCUCUCUCCUGGACCUGGAUCUUACUGAAUAGUUAACCUAUCUGGCUAGCCAGCUCUGGGAUUUGCUUGCCUUUGCCUGCCCCUCCAGUCUAGGAUUCCAGAUAUGUAUGAUCUGAACUCAAGCCAUUAUGCCUACCAACUCACCUAUUUUCCAAACACCUAUUUUGCCUUUUUAAUAUUUAUACUUUAUUUCCCAAGUCUAGACUAUACUUCAAAUAAUUGACCCUUUCUGUAAUAUAAGAAUUAAAAUAGUUAUGUUUAUGGUACUUUGAAUAAGCAUAUCUUGCUCUUAAUAUUUUUAACAUAUAAUGUUUAUAAUGAGUGCUGAGUCCUGCUUGGCCAUAUGGAUGGGAUGGUUUGACAUGGUUUCCUGUCACUAGAACAAAGCCAGCAGGAUAAGAGCCUUCACACAUGUUGACAGUUGCUGGGUGUGAGACGUGUGUGUGUGUGUGUGUGUGUGUGUGUGUGUGUGUGUGUGUGUGUGUGUAUGUAUGUAUGUAUGUAUAGCCCCCUUUGGGAAAUAUUCUCCCUGCCAAGGUUAUGAUGGAAUAUCCCCUUUACCAAGGUUAAUGACUCCAUGAUAAUCAGAAAUGGUAUAAGUCUGGGAGGUGAGGUUAUGUCUAUGUCCUUAGCAAAAAUGGUAAAUACUGAGUGCUUCAGGACACCCAUUAAGGCUGUUGGAAAGAACUCUGAAAACAUGAGUUAAAAAAAAUUCUCAACUAUGCAAAAUAUAAGUAUGCAAUAUGAAUUAUAGGAGGGGCUUCAUGAACAUAAAAAGACAGACACAGCUGUACUAUGAGCCAGCUUUCAGGAACAUACAAAGACAGGAAGAUUUCUGAGUUCAAGGUUGUCCUGAGACAAAUAGGUUAGGCCCAGGGAUGAUAGGAAAUGUGAUCUCAGAAUAAGAUCCUACCCAAUUAGCUUAUUGCUUGUGAUUAUGAAAGCAGGCAGAUGUCUGAGUUCAUUUGCAAUGUUAAAAAAUAUAUGCUUGCUGUCUCUUUCUAAGAAUCAAGGGGCUGGAGUCAUGGACUGUUGAUUUGUGCAAAAAUCAGUAAGGAACCUAGUGUAAAUGACUGAAUUGAUGUGAAUAAAAGACUGGGCUUUGACUUGCAGGAGACAGAGAUUUCCAGAGAAAGCUGUCUGAAGAGUGAACACAGCUCUUUAAAAGUGUUUUUAGGAGCUAUCUAGAGAAAGCUGUUUGAAGACUGAAUAUAGCUGUUUUAGAAUGUUUUCUGGAAGCUAUAUAGAGAGAACUGCUUUGAAAGCUAACCCAGCUCUUUUAGAUAUUUUUUUGGGGGUGGAAGGCUUUCUGAUUUUGAUCAGAAAACCCAAGAAUUACUUUUAGAAUUUUUCUAACAGGAUGUCUGAAUUGAAUGGGGAAUCCAUUAUUUUUUUUCUAGCAGAUUAAAAAAAAUUGAGCUAUCCAAAGAGUAUUCAGAAUUCAUUCUAGCAAGAGAAAGCUGUAUCAAAACUAUCUCUAGUAGAAAACUGUCUCAAGCAAAGAUUAAUCUGAAGACCUGUCUCAAACAGAAUGUAGGCUGUCAGCUUGGACCCACAAUUUGUCUUCAAAUUAUUCUUUCUCUACUCUCAGACACUCUUUCCUAAGAAUCCCUCUCCAAACCAAACCUGGUCCUUGGCAGAUAUGCAUUGUCUGUAUUUGUGAAAUUAAUUUUGAUUCUAAGACAUAUUAAGGACAGUUUCAUGUUCUGAAAUAAGCUAAUUUUAAGAGAACCAGGAAAUUUGACUGUACACCGUAAAAGACUAGAAAACAGACACAUAAGUUCUUGGCACUAAUUUAUGGUGUCUGUAAUCUUUAAGAUUUAAGUUACUGCUGUGUCUGACAGAAAGCACAUUCUCUUCAGAGUGCCAUUUGAGUGUUUUCAGGAGGAAGAAGUGCUGCUCUUAUCUAAGCAGAGAGGCAAGAAGAUGACAGAGUGCACAGCAGGUUGCAUUUUCAUCCUGAGAUAAGCAAGGUUGCUUUUCCUUUCUGAGAUAAAGAGUGAUAAUUUGGCUGUGUACCAUGGCUGUUCACUUACAGUGUUCAUAUUGCUACUCUGAAUCCUGUGUAUUCAGGAGCUACUAUUGCUCAGACUAGCAGGGAAGAAUGGACAAGUCCUGGUACUCAGUUGAAACUGGGCACACAUUCAAGGUCUGGGUUACUGAACAGAACCUUCAGCACUUUAGUUCUUUAUGUCUCUUUUAGCUCUUUAUAUCUCCUUUAGGCUUUUCUGUGGAGCAGAAAAUUAUGGAUUUUAUUGUUAUGCAAGGGUAUACCUAAAUUAUUUGCAUCAUCCUCUGGGUUUCCCACUUCCUCUCACUUUCCUUUCCCUCUGAUUCCUUUACUCACUAUUUAAUCUCUCUCUCUUUCUCUCUCCUUUCUUUGUUUAGUAUUUGUAUUUAUAUGUGCAUAUGUGUGUAGGUACAUAUGUGUAUUAGUGUUUGUAUGUGUGUGUGUGUUUUGUAUGUGUGUACAUGACUGUGGAAGACAGAGGCACUUUAGGUGUGGUCCUAGAUAACGUUCCAUUUUGUUUUCCAUUGAGCCCAAGAGCUCACAAUUGUCUAUAGUGUCUGGUUACUAAGCCCUUGGGAUUCAUUGUUCUAGAUGGCCCUUUUCACAAUUCAUCUCUUCCAUGAGUCCUGGAGUUUCAAGCAUGUCAUCAAGGCUUGCUUUUAUGUGUAUGCUCAGUAUCCAAAUUCAGGCCCUCAUAUAUGCAUUAUAGGCAAUUUGUCAACUGAGCUAUCUUUCUAGCCGUCCAUCCCUCUUUAUCCUUGACUAGACAUAGAAUUAAGUACUUUAUAUGUACAUUCAUUUAACAUUAAAUGCUCUGGACUUAAGUAAUUGAAUGACUUUCCCCACAUGCGCCACUUCUGCUUCAUUUUCUCUUACAGAAAAGAAAAUGGAAUCCUUUAAAUUUGAAGAAUAUUCACAGCACCAUUUUUGCCUGAUGGUAUGGUUGGGAGCUAGAAUACUAUAGUUGACUUUUUAAAAAUUGUGUUUUACUUUUAAAAAUUAAAAUGCAUAAUUUUCCCUCUUCCCUAUCCUCCUUUCAAUCCUUCUUAUGUACUUAUGCCUUGCUCACUAUCAAAUUCAUGCCCUCUAUUUAUUCAAUUGUUGUUACAGGUGUAUGUGCCUAACUAUAUAGUUAAAUACUGCUAAUUCUGUAUAAUGCCAUUUGUGUGUAUAUAAUUUUAUGGCUGACCACUUGGUAAUGAAUAACCAAUUUUAGGGCUCUUUCCUAGGAAAGAUUAUUUCUCCUGCUCUUAGAAUUCUUUAGCUGUCUUUAGGUCUUCAUCUUGGGUUGAGACCUGCGAUAUUUUCCCCUUCCACCUGAGUGUGUCUAUUGCUGUCAUCAUUCUUUAGGUUGUGCUUAGACAGUUGAUGAGAUUUCAUAGGUAUUGCUUCUCCAUUUCUAGGAGAUUAAAUCUCAUAGCUAACUAAUUGUCUCUCUGUCUGUGUCUGUCUGUCUGUCUGUCUGUCUUUCUCUCUCUCUCUCUGUGUCUCUCUCUAAACCAUUAUAAUUCCUUAUCCACCUUCUGAAUGUUUAGAUAUUAUCCUUAUAUAUUGAAGUAUUCAAGUAAGUUUCAUCCUUCUGGCCUUUAUAAUCUUUCUACCCCCUUUUCACACUAUGAUCCUUGAGCCUUAGGUACAGGAGUUGUGAUAUAUAUAUACAUAUAUACAUAUACAUAUACAUAUACAUAUAUACAUAUAUAAAAUUUCAAGUCUGGCUAGCACCAUAUAGCACCAUAGAGUCACUUGUUCUAGUUGCUUUGAUAAGUUGUGAUUUUCUGUAAUGGUUUAUGUCUCUGGCAAGUAGAUGUUUGUUUGUAUCUAUCUAUCUAUCUAUCUAUCUAUCUAUCUAUCUAUCUAUCUAUCUAUCUUUCUAUCUAUCUAUCAUUUAUUUAUUUAUUGAUGAGGGAUGAAACUUAUACUUGUGUACAUAAGGAUAAAUAUCUAAACAUUCAGAAUGUGGGUAAGGAAAUAUAAUGGUUUAGAGGGAGACAGAGAGAGAGAGAGAGACAGGGGGGGGAGACAGAGAGACAGAGAAACAGAGACAGAUAGAGAGAAUCUGGGCCUAGUAUGGGCUUCUGGAGCCUCAAAGUUUACUACCACUGAGAGAACUUCUCCAACAAGGCCAUACCUCCUCCAACAGGGCCACACCUCCUAAUUCUCAAACAGUUCUACUUACUAGGAAACAAGUAUUCAAGCAGAUGAACCUAUGGGGGCCAUGCUUAUUCAGACCACCACAAUGUGUGUUUGUCCUGUUUUUGUCAACUUGACACAAGCUAGUGUUGUCUGUGAAGAGGAACCUCAAUUGAAAAGAGCCCUAUAGUCAAGACUCUGGUGAUAUUUUUCUUGAUUAAUGAUUGCUAUGGAAGGGUUCAGUCCAAUGUGGAUAGUGCCAUCCCUGGACUAGUGGUCCUGGAUUAUAUUAGAAGGCAGGCUGAGCAGAUCAUGAGGAACAAAUCAGUAAUCAUCAUAGUCAGAUACCAUUGUGUUAUACUUGCUUACAUGUUCAGGAUAGUAACUUAUAGUCUAAGGGUCACAGAGCAUACCAUGAAGCCUAUGUGUAUAGAGGGUGUUAUCAUCUAGGUUCAUUUAAGAACACUCUGAUAUUUGCCUAAUGACAAAAAUCACCCUUUUCAAGGUACUUUUUGGGAAGUAUCCUUAGUGGGUGAAGUGCUUUUUGAUAUUCAGGAGGCUGAGGUAUGGGGAUCAUUUGAGUCUAGGAGUUCUGGGUUUCUGUGUUCUAUGCUGAUAAGAAGGUUGUCACUAAGUUCAUCAUCAAUAUAGUAACCUUUGACAAUUGGAGAUGUGUGGUUGGUGGGCGGGCACUACCAGGCUACCCAAGGGAUGAACUUGCCCAGGUCAGAAAGUAUCCCACUUACCUGGUGUAUGUGUGCACAUGCACAAACACACAUGUGAUUAUUUGUUUUAUUAUUAAUUCAGUUUUGACUGGAUAUUUAUUUCUGUAUUUAAGAAUAGAAAUUAGGACGGUAUGGUUGUGUUCAGUAAAGAAAGAACAUAUGAUCAUAAAAGUUAGUUACAGAGUACUCUGUACUACAGAUAUGUAAGAAUUUAAGUGUCCAGUCUUUUGGAGAAGAAAGCUAAAACUGACUACUAGUGCUGAACACAUUGCCCAAAGCUGAUUUCCAGUUAGUUAGAUUGCUAGAGAAAUUCAGUUACUUUAGGGCACAGAACAGUUUUAUGAAAAAGUCUGGGCAUUUGUUCUCUCUGCUUAACCCAAGGCUACAUUUUUUUUUUUUUUUUUAGAUACUUUUUGGCAAGAUGGACUGACCUCCAUACAGUCUUUACACAGGCAUUUGCACUAACUGUGAACAUGCUAUGUGUCUGGAGAUGUGUUGACUUCUGGACAGCAAGCAGCAGAAAAGAGUGAAACAAAGUGUGAGUGGAUUAGCCAGAUGGCAACACCAACUGCUCUCACAAAGCUGGGCUUUUAAUAACUGAGCUUACUGCAAACAAAACUAAUUAAGCCAGUUCUUCUGAUUAGGAUACUAUAGGUAGAAGUAAAUAAAAACAUAUACUCACAUUCUACUUUUGAUAGCAUUUCAAAGAUCAGGAUAUCUGAUUUUUUUUUCUCUUAAAGAAGUUAAUCUAGCAGACUAUACUUGAGAAUUCAAAUUAACUGUAUUCUUUAAUUCAACAGCUCUCUGAUUUCCCUAGACAGCAGGUGUGAAAUCACUCUCCCACGUAAACAGAAUGAAAACACCCUGAAAGGAGAGUUGUUCAUCAUACCAGUAGGUGAUGGGUUUCAUGGGAUUUAAUGGGAAAUGGAGAAGAUAAGAGACAAGGGAGAGAAUGAAAACAGAAGACACAGACAGUCUAGAGAGACUACCAGUUUGUGAGGGAGAACUCUUAUAAAGAACCUGAAAGAAUCCGCCUGUGAUUCAUAUUGCUCACAGGUUUAGGUUGAUUGAUAGGGUGUGCACAUUUAGUGUUACAAAAGCUACAGAAAACAUUUCUUCUCACUGGGACAGAAAGAAUGAAGAUCAUGGCUGAGGAAUUAAAUCAGCUUGAACUGGUAACAUUUUUUCCAAUAUAUUGCUCCACCUGACUUCCAGAAAUUAUGAAGCUAGGCUUAGUUUCAACAUGGAGAAUAAGGACAGUUUUUAAAAAGAAUUAUCUGCAAAUGUGGACAUUUUACCAUGUAUGGCAUGACCUAAAUCCAUUGCUUUGGGUUUUGUCCUCACCUUCGUGCACAGUAGGAAACUCAUCAGGGUUCUAGCAGUUCACUUCAUACAGUGAAUGGACACUUUCCUCUCAGAAGAGUCACAGAAAUGAGUCUGUAUAUGAUAGGUUACCAAGGAACUCAAGAAACUCGUAUAUGUAUAUGUAUAUGUAUAUGUAUAUGUAUAUGUAUAUGUAUAUGUAUAUGUAUAUGUAUAUGUAUAUGUAUAUGUAUAUGUAUAUGUAUAUGUAUAUGUAUAUGUAUAUGUAAUGUAUAUGUAAUGUAUAUGUAAUGUAUAUGUAUAUGUAUAUGUAUAUGUAUAUGUAUAUGUAUAUGUAUAUGUAUAUGUAUAUGUAGGUGGUGUGGGCUUGUAUACUUCUAAAGUCUGAUGCUUCUGUUUCUUUGGCUAGGGCAAGUCUCAGACAGUAUGCAUACAUGUGCUGGAAGUAUGCGCUUUAUCAAGAAUUUUGACUCUCUUACCUUUUCUUGUUGCUUAGUGUAAUAGUAAUCUGGAGGAUGAGAGUGAGAACAUUACUUUCUGUUCUUUUAUAGACUGGAUUAUCUCAAAACUCUGCUGUGCCUGCCUCAUUCAAUGGCAAAGUAUGGCUUAUCAGUAGUGUAAGCUGUUGGCAAAAUAGGGGUGAGGCCAUGGCCCUGACUUUUUUUGUACUUUUUCAUAUUUUGCAUCAGCAGAUGUUAUUGUAUGUUUUGGGUACAGUAAAAGAAUUCCUGAGAAUGGGUGCUUUGUAAAGUAACAAGGUGCAUUUUGGCUCAUGAAUUUGCAAGUUCAAGAAUGUGGGUCUGAUAUGUGCUUGACUUGUGAUGAAGUCUAUAUUGUAUGCUUUUCCCAAUCCCAUGGCAGAAAAUGGAAAUGCAAGAAAGCAAGGAUGAAAGCAAGGAUGAUGCCACUGGAUAAUCUGAUCUCAUGACAAAUUAAUCCCUAUUAAAUGUGUUGCUGCUGCUCAGCACCCUUGUAACACUGAGAAAGAAGCCUGCAGCCAAGUUUGAUAUGGACAAAUACUUUUCGCUCUAUACCACUAGAUUUUGAUCAUCCUUUUCAGGAAUCUUUGACUAAAGAAGCACACUGUCCUCUUUUGUUGGCACAUUAGUAUGGCUCUUCUGCAGCUAGAGCUUGAACUUGUUUGGAAUAAAGCCUUUGGUGAAAGAGGGUGUGUCAUAGGAAUAGAAGGGAGGGGUAAAAUCUAUAGUAGUUUCAUUGUAAUCAUUCCUUGACUAAGGAGGCAGCCAUGCAUUCUCAGUAACUGGAGAUUUAUCACAACACACUAAAGGCUGAUAAGAGUGUGUCCUGAGAUUAACAGUGAAGUCAAACAAACAGAAAUGAUAAUAGCAAAAGCUCCAGCUGGUCAAAGGCUCCUGAAUUUGGGUGCUCCAAGGAAAACUGAAUCUGCUCAUAUUUUCCUUGUAUAAAUCUAUGCAGUUUCAUAUGCAGAUGAGAAAUUAAAAAUACAUAUACACUACUUAUUUCACAAAUAUUUAUCUUUGUGUUCCAUGUGGGUGUAGCAUGAUAGAUAUUACCGGGUAGACUAGCAUAGUGAGAGUCAGCAGUUUGUGGUCUGUCUGUCCUACAUGUCCACAGCUGAAGGGAAGUAGUGAGUAGAGGCAGGGUGCUGCUGGAGUUGUGGGAUUUCAUGCUCUGCGACAUGGCUCACAGAAUGCUUGUCAUAUUAGGGUUGGUUACUCAAGAGAGGAAUGGUGUUCAGUUGAUUCUUGAGCAGUCUUUGGGUUUGGAUGCCAGGGAUGUAUGCACUGUCUGAGGUUGUAGUGGUGAAAGUAAAUGAUGUUUUCAGGGUCAGUGAGGAGAGUAGUAGAUCUGUGCUGAGUUCUUGCUUAGGGUGCAAUAGGUUGUUUUAGAUAGUAUGUUGAUGUCCAUUUACACAGGACAUUAUUCCUGGAUGUUUGGUAAUAGCAACAUUAGUUUAUCACAUAAGGAGUAAUGAAAAAUGUUCUCAUAUUAGCUGCUUUCCCUGUUAAGGUGACCAAAUACCUGACAAGAACAACUGAAGGGAGAGGGCGUGAAAGCAAGUUGCUCUAUGGAGGACACAUGGUAGGCUGGAGUUGGCAACAGCAGCUAGUUCACAUCUCCUCAUUGGAUCAGGAAGUAGAGAAAAGUUUGGAAUCAGAUUUGGUGUGUAAACAUGAAGACCUUCCCCCUUCCACCAUGACCACUCUUUCUAGUAUUCCCCUCCUAAAAGCUACACAAGUUUGUAAAACGUCACCACCAGCUGGGAACUGAGUGUGCAAACAGUUGAACUGCCAGAAUAGUUCUUCCUCUUUUAGCCUUUGUGAUUAAACUUAGUGGACCCAGGAAGCUAGCACCUUAUUAGUACAAACAAAAAUUCUUAUUGAAAAAUUUAUGACUGAAUUUAAUUCUAAUAGCUUACACUUUUUAUUUGUUUUCUUAAGAGUUCCUGAACUAAAACGUUUUGCAUAAGUACUUGAUGGAUUUAUUUACCCUUAUUAAAAAAUACUAUUCAAAUACUUAUUUUAUUUUCUAAGCCAGUGUUAACAAUGGAUUAUACUUUUGUUCCUGUUGGGGGAGUUUACAGCCAGAAAGUCACCAAGUAAGAGAAUCCACCUUCUAAUUAAGACUUCAGAGACAAUAAUGAAGAACCUAUAAGGUUUUAGGAAAAUAUGGCCUAGUUAGACAUACAUGAACUGGAAGUAAGAAGCAACUAAUUCUUUAAAACCAUAAAGGUAGAAAAAUAACCUGGGGACAUUGUCAGCUCUGGUUCCUUAAGUGUAGCAGUAUAUGUGGCAUCGACACUUCAUCCAUUAGUGUUUCUCCCCAUGAUGGUUUGAGUUCAUUUUAUUCUGUUGUGUUCUCUAUCAAGCCUUAGGAGCUUUUCCUAUCUUGCUCACUGUACAUGUAUAAUUUCUUGGGGUUGAGGGAGGUGUGAGGAGAGGAGUAGAGUCCUGUAGGACCUGUUGGAGCAAGCCUGCAGGGCUUAGUUAGUGAUUGGUGUGGGAGUGCCCAGCCAAUUGUGGGUGGGGCCACUUCUGGCCUGAUUAUUCUGGCUUCUAUAAGAAAGUAGACUGAGCAUACCAUGGAGAGCAUCCAGUAAGCAGGACCCCUCUGUUGCUUCUGCAUCAUAUCUGACUCCAGGUUCCUGCCCUGACUUUCUUCAAUGAUGGGCUAAGAUGUGGAUGUAUAAGGGAAAUAAAUCUUUCCUCUCCAACUUGCUUUUGGAUAUAGCAUUAGAUCACAGCAAUUGUAACUUAACUAGGACACCUUCUGGAGUUGGAGAGAAGACAGUAAAAUUUCCUUAAAAGACAUCAAGCUUUCUGUUGUCUUCCUAAAUGUACUGAGAUAAUGGCAAUACUUAGGACUCUCAGGAAAUAACAAACUUUUCUUAAAAUACAAAACUCAGUGUUUAUAUUCGAACCCAUGAAUGCUUGUCCUUUCCUGUGCUAACCCAUUCUUCUUUAGAAACUAAGUAUACUGAAUCUGUUUUAAUGCUUGAUUAGAUGACUGUGAUCUUUCCGUGAUAUCAAUGAGGUUGCAUUACAAAAGUUUGAGUUCCAGUUUUAGUUUCUUACUCUGCCUUCAAUUAUGUGGUCUUACAUAAACAUAAACUCUUUUACAGGCAGUUUCUUUUUAUAGUACUCAUAAUGCUAAUUUUAUUAGACCAUAAACAACUAAGCUAAAUGGCUGCUUUUAGCUAAUUCUAUUUAUAAACGAAAUCUGACUGUAGUCUUUCCCUACUACCCCUGAAUACACAAAAAUGCAAGCAAAAACCAAAUGCUGGUAUGGCAAAACAGAUAGCUCAGUCCCGUGGCAUCAGAGUCUCUUGAGGGAGAAGUAUGCAUCACAGCACAGAAGUGUUCAUUCCAUACAGCCCCAGAUGUCAGUCAUAAGCAAUGAACAUUAAGAAGUGUUGGUGAGAAUUUAUUAGUCACAUGGGUAUUUACUUUCAUGGGGGUCAAGUUAUGUCCACUCACAUGGUCUUUCAGCUUUCAUAGUGAAUUAGCUUCAGGAUGAUGAAAGUGAUAGUGCCCCCAUUCCCAGUCCAUCUUUCCUAUGCUCAUCUAGCAUAUAUGGUAGAAUGACAGGGAGGAGAGGGCAAAGAAACACUAUUAGGAGAGCUUUGGUCUUUGUCUCUGGGUGCUUCAUUUUAUAUUAAUACUGGUUCAUUUACUUCAUGUUCUUCAGUAUUCAUCAAUAAAUGCCAGAGAAGCCAGAAUUUCCCUGGUACUCUAUACCCUACUCUCAAAACCCACCCACUUGUAAUAUAGAUAGGGAGAGGUAGGGAUUCUUCGUCUUUCUCAAGAACUCCUUUGUGCAAACCAAUUAUAAGAAACAAGAAAAUAAAAAGGGAGCUUUGGUCCUGGUAUCAACAUUUGGCCAUUCUGAACAUCAUAUCUGAAAGUGACCAGUUAGUGACAAGGUAUGUGGAUAGUGGUGAAUGCAAACUGGCUGCCAGAAUUUAUUUCUAAGCUUUUACAAUUAACUAUAGAUAUUCCAGGUCCAGGUCAGGAGAUUGUGGCAUAUUAACUUUACAAAAAGUAGACAGAAUACUAAUUUAUUCAAAUGAUCCACUUGAAACUAAACAUUCUUAUUGAAUCUCAUGUGAAUUUCUUUCUGUGCUCCCUAGAAAAAAAUUAAAUAAACAUAUAAACAGAUUAAAAACCCAACUCAAUUACAAGAAGAUUAAGUUAAGCCUGGGUGAUAUUUGGGAAAAACUACAAAGACACAGAUCUGUUUUCACUCUCUCUUUCUUUCUCAUUAUGAAGAGUAUAAAGUUCUCAUUUUUGAGCAGUCAAAUGGAAAUUGCCUCUUUCAGCUGUUUAGUAUACUUAUAUUAGAAAAAGAUUUUAAUAUGUUGACUAUGAUGAACCAGCUCUAUUGGUAGGUCUCUACUUGUAAUUGGAAAUUUGGAGAAGUCAUGAUUUCUGCUUUUGAGAUCUAGCAAUGCAUAUAACCCAGGAAUAAGUGAUUCUGGGAGAUGGUAACAAAUUUUGUCUUUAUGGAGUUGUCAAAAUAUAAAAUAAGGGAAUGCCAGAUCCUCAAUUAACAAAGGCUACUUAUCUCCUUAUUUAUCAUUUAUCUAUCUAUCUAUCUAUCUAUCUAUCUAUCUAUCUAUCUAUCUAUCCAUCCAUCUAUCAUUCAUUCAGCUUGUUAUACAUUAGACUAAUAGUUGCUAUUUUAUAGUCAUGCUUCCCGGAUACUUGAGCUUAUAUUUACCUCCUAACUGGACUAUCUUUAAGUUGGCAUCAUUAUGUAUUUCUGUAACUAAAUUGUGAACCAUAAAAUCCAGGUGAGAUUUGGAUGAAAAGUUGGAAGAGUCCUCAGUAGUGCCAACACUUACCUACUAUGUAAGGAAAAGCAACAUCAAAUGCUGCAAAGCAGCAUUGGUGACACAGGGCUGCACUAGCUCUGUGCUUUUUGAAAGAGGCUUCAAGUGGCUUCUCAAGAACCUCUAGACAUGGCAGGCCACACCCACUGGCCCAAGGACCAAUUCAAGUCAUAGUCAUGUUUCUAUUUGGUCCUUGUACAGUAUUAAGCAACUGAAAAAGUCAUAUAAAAAUCUGCUUUUCUUGACAAAUUGGAAGGCUUCUUGACCCUGGCUCAUCAUCAAUAUACAACAGUGGGUUCAGAGCAUUGCCUGUACUUUGGAAGGAAUAUUCUAGUUUUUUAUUUCGGUGUAGCAACAUAUAAUGUUGUAAAACAGCAACCAUUUCAUUGUGUUUAGAGAUUCUGUGUGUCAAUAGGAAUAGAGUAGUUGGUUUCCUCUUCACAUUUUGUAAGGUCUUAGCCAGCGUACUUUAGUUCUGGGGUUGGAAUUCCAUGGUAGUACCUUUACAUCUGCAUCACAUACCUCCGGUAGAAGAAACACGUUUUCUUUGGGCAAUCUGUGGUCUCUGGGGGAUAUUACAGAAUUUCAUGUGGUUCAAGUUUAAACUGAAUGUUCACUUUGUGAGAAAGCUUCUUUUAUGAAGCUGAGUUAGCAUGACUGAGUCUGGGGAUCAGGUUACUGGAGGGGACUCUCACAUUCAUUUUGGCCUGGUCCUGUGUUUUCUCUUGCAGGAAUGUGUUCUCACCCUCAUUCUCAUUUUUCAUUUCUUAGCAUUGGGUAUAUACAUUUCUCACCAUCUUAACUCUUCCUGGGAAGUGGCCAUCAGUUGCUUGAUUAUUAUUUUUAAAAUGUUAAAAGGAUAUUAUUCCUAUCAUUGUGGACAAUUAAAUCAUAUUUGAUAGUUAUUGGAACUCCCAGAAACUUAAGAAAUAAGAAAAUACAGUUUCAGUAAGAUUAAAAUAUCUAAAACUAGCACUGUAGUCUUUUUUACAAUGAACUAUUCAAGGAGGUAGGUUCAUCUGGAAUAAUGGAUACUUCCUCUCACUCUUGAGUAUCCAACAUUUCAGACCAUCUGCAGACUUGGGUAAUCUCUCUUCCCAGCCAAGCACCCCUUCUGUCCAUCUCCAGCUCUGCUGCCAUUGCCUUAGCUCAGACCCGCAUUGCUUCUCUCCUGGGGCCUGCAGUAGUGAGCUGUUUACCUUUGCUUUCUAUCACCUCUAGUACUUUCCCAUAUAAUGUGUCCUCUGUUUCAGAAUGGUCAUAUUUAAAUCUUUAUCAAGUAUCCUGUAUCAGAGGAUAAUAAACCAACCGUAGAGUUUCAUUACCACUGGAACAAACAGUCUCCUUUUAUUGUUUGUUGUAUGGAAAAUCUGGACAUAGAUUAGUUCUUACACCACAUAUCCAGGUUGCCACAUUUCUGUAACAAAGUUGUUCUCAUCUUGUGGGUUACUCAUAAGCCCUUUAGCAGUUGAAUGAUCCUUUCUCAGGGAUUGCAUAUCAGAUAUUUAUAUUAGAAUUCAUAACAGUAGCAAAAUUUCAACUAUGAAGUACCAAUGAAAAUAAUUUUAUAGUUGGAGGUCACCACAACAUGCAGAUGUGUCCUAAAGGGUCACAGCUUUAGGAAGGUUGAAAACUACUGAUCUAACACAUUCAUACUUUAAGCUGCUUUGGUUAUAACUGACUGCUUGUUUCUGAGUAUUUGCUAGGUAUAUAUCCUAGGGUUUUAUUGCUGUGAAUAGAUAUCAUGACCAAGGCAACUCUUACAAUGGAAAACAUUUAAUUGGGCCUGGUUUACAGUUCUGAGAUUUAAUCUAUUAUUGUCAUGUUGGGAAGCUUGCUGGCAUACAUGCAGACAUGGUCCUGGAGAGAUAACUGAGAGUUCUACAUCUAGAUCUGCAGGAAGCAGGAAGGGAAGAGAGACUGGGGAAGCUCCAGCAUCUGAAACCUCAAAGCCUAUUCCCACUUCCUCCAGCAAUGUUUCACCAACUCCAGCAAGGCCCCUCUUCCAAUAAUGCCACCUCCAUAAGUUUGUGGGGUGGGGCAUUUUCAUUUAAAAAACCUGAGUAUAUCUGGCCCAAAUUCCCACUGGGAGCUUUCUCUGGUGUUAGGUUUCAUUUGUUUUUGUUUUUGUUUUUGUUUUUCCUGUGUUUUGCAGCAUCCCAUAGCAUUUGUUUGAGCAUAAUAGUUUAUUUAUUGUCUGACUGCCUAAUUUUAAUUUAGGUUUUUAAGGGAAGAAAAUACUUUGUUUCUUUCAAUAAUAAGACUUAUGGAAAGUGUCUGUGAAGUGGCUGGCUGAUUGAAGCUCAGCAGUGAGCCCAUUCCAGAUUUCCCCCCAUGUGCAGCAGUGUUCUGUGUGACAUUACAGUGGGGGAAAGGAGACCUUGGGUUCAUAUUGGAUAGAGGGAAUGCAUCACUUCCUGUGUUGUUCACACUAUAAGAAAAGACUUAAUUAUUUAGGAAGAUGAAUAGUAAUGAUUUUUAUUAAAAGAUUAUGUCUUUUUGUGUAUCACCAAAGUAUAAAGUGUACUGCUAAAUGUCAAGACGAGCUUCCCUUUGUGUGUAACAGAACUCGUGAUCCUUUUCCUGGAUCCUCCAGGGAACAGCUUGUAUUUCCACAGGCUAUUCCACAACUUCUAUUAGAAGCUACCUGGUAGGGAGAAGAACAUGCUGUUUGGAUCCAGGUGAUCUGUAUACAGACUCUGACUUGAUUCUUUUCAUAAGCUUCAUGCCAGUGGGGACAGUUUACACUACUUUUCAAAGGCUCAUCUUAUUUACAAAGUGUGGGCAGCAGUUUUUGGUGGAUGCUGACAAAUGCUCAUUUUUUUUUCUCCAGAGAGAACAAUGUACUAGUGUUCUUCCUUCCAUUUUUUUUUUGUUUGAUAACAGAAUAGCCAUCCCAUCUCCUUUACCUCUUAGAUGCUGAUUGUGUCCUUAACCUCAGCAGCUAGGAUGCUAAUAAACCUCAUAUAUGAUAUAUCAUUGAUGAGGCACAGAAAGGGCAUAGCCACACAGUCAAGAUCAGAUUUUGGGUUGCCAAGAGGUGAAAUUAAGAAGUUAAGAUUACCUGUUUGAAACAAAAGAAGUUGUUUUGUUUGUUUGUUUUUUUAAGAAUUGUCUUCUUGUGGAAGAUGUUGAAGGAAGAGAGAGACAUGAUUUCUCCUUAGAUCCCUACACACCAGGAACUAGGCCAAAUGGGGAUUGAACUGACUCUUAAAGUUUUUAUUAUUCUGUACUCUAGGAACCCCUUGAAAAAGAGACUAAUGCACAUUCAAUGACUGGAUUUUAAAGAGUAUUUGUUUCAAGUACAGAAAGUUGCUAUUGAAGUGAUUUUCUUUCCUGCUUUGCUCAGUUCAGUAGGCAGAGAAAAGCCUGGUAACUAGAAACAGAACUACCCAAGUAGUCUCUUCUCAUAAAUGUGGCUGAGUCAGAGGCUACCAGUGUGAAGGAAGGCUUUAGUACUGAACUUAAAGUUUUGGGAAGGCCAGUCAGAGGCAGGAUGAAGCAGCUAAAGAGCGAAGCACAACACAACUCCAGAUACAUCAGUAAGGUUGUGUAGACAUGUGUACCAGGAUUAGCUAGUGGACGAUGGUGAUUCUGAACAUUACUAAGUUAUUGCUAAAUAGAUAAGCACAACUUUCUGGGGGAAAAGUCACCAUCAGUGUACUGUGUGGUUAGCAGGGUUGGUUCCAGUGACACACAGGUUUAAAUCCUGGCAUUUCCAAUUGCUAGUUGAAUAACCUUAGGCAAGUUAUAAAACCCCAGGACUUAGGUUUAUCACUUAAAAAUAUUCUAUUUUAUGUGUAUGUGUAUUUUGUCUGUGUGUAUAUCUAUACACCAUGUGUUUGCAGUACCCAUAAAAGGCAGAAAGGGAGUCUCUGAGAGCUAGAGUUACAGAGGGUAGUGAACUGCCAAGUAUGUACUGAAAUUGAACCUGGGUCAUCUGGAAGAGCAGCUAGCACUCUAAACUACCAAGCCAUCUCUCUAGCAACCCAAGGACUCUUGUUUUUAGUAAGAAUAUUGUAAUAACACCCACUUUAUAGAAUGUUGAGUUAAGAGAAUUGUGUAGGUAAUUUAAUGAUAUCUGUAUGUAGUAAAUGCUAUACAAAUGCCUAAACUGACUUAUCAGGACUCCUACCCUCCAGUUUACAAACUAUAUUUGAGGAUCAAUGGUAGGGUACAUGGAAGCCUUUACCAGUAUGCAUGUGGUUAGUGAGUUUUGUGGCUGUGGUGGAUCUACUAAGAAUGCCUAUUCUCAUAGGCUCAUGUAUUUGAAUAAUAGGUCUUCAGGGAGUAGCACUACACAAGAGACUAGGAGGUGUGGCCUUCUUGGAGUAGGUGUGGCCUUGUUGGAGUAAGUGUGUUACUGGGUUUGAGCUUGUGGGUUUCAAAGGCCCAAGCCAGGCCUAGUGUCUCUCUAGGCCUGCGGCCAGUCCUACAUGUAGGACUAUCAACUUCUCCAGCACUAGGUCUACUUGUCUGCCACCAUGUUCCCCACCAUGAUGACAAUGAACUAAGCCUCUGAAACUAUAAGCCAGCCACAGUUGAAAGCUUUCCUUUAUAAAAGUUGCCAUGGUCUUGCUAUCUCAACACAGCAAUAGAACACAUAUUAAUAUUAUACUUAGGUAUAUGGUUCAUUUUGAGUUAAUUUUUAUGAAGUUGUAAAGUCAGUGAACACAUUUUUUUUUUGGGCCGGUAUAGACCACCAGUUGUCUCAGCCCUGUCUUCUCAAAGGUUGUUCUUUCUCUACUGAACUAUUAUUUUAUUAAAAAAAAUCAAUUGAUUAUAAUUGUGUGAAUUCAUUUCUGAGUUUUCUCUUCUGUUUUGUUGAUGUUUAUGACUAUUGUUUGGUAAUUUCACAGUGUUAAUGGUUCAAUAGUGGAUCUUUAGAGUAAUUAUGGAAUUACUGUAAAUGUUUUACAUGAGUUCUACAAGCUCAUUGUUCUUCAGUAUUGUGUUGGCCAUUCCUGGUCUUUUGUUUUCCUACCUGUGGUGGUUUGAAUAUGCUUGGCACAGGGUGUGCCACUAUUAGGAGGCAUGGCCUAGUUGGAGGAAUUGUAUAGUUUGUGAGGUGAGCUUUUGAACCCCUUCUCCUAGCUACCUAGAAAUAGUCUUCUCCUGAAUACCUUUGGAUCAAGACGUAGAACUCUCACCUUCUCCAGCACCAUAUCUACCUGCAUGCUUCCAUGCUUCCUGCCUUGAUGAUAAUGAACUGAAACUCUGAGCCUGUAAGCCAGUCCCCCAAAAAUGUUGUCCUUUAUAAAAGUUGCCUUUGUCAUGGUGUCUUUCUUCACAUCAAUGGAAAUCCUAAGACAGUACCUACAUUAAAAUGAAUGCAUUGAUAUACAUAAAAUGUUUUGUUGGGAAUUUUAUUUAAAAUUCAUUAAACCUGUAAAUCAAGUUUAUUUUAUUGAGUCUUCCAAUCCACAGACAUAGAUUCUCUUUCUAUUUAGAUCUCCCAUUUUUAAAACCAGUUUUGUAGUUUUCUGUGUAUAGACUCAUUUUAUAAAUUAUUAAAUAUUUUAUAUCUUCUAUCUGCCAUUUUAAAUAAAAUUGUUUUCAAAAUUCUGAAUUCCCAUUGUUCAUUGCUUUAUUUCUUAGCAAUAGUUUUUAUAACCUCAUCUUUGUCCUUGCUAUCCCCACUCAUUAGUUUUAGAAAGCUUUUAUUUCUUAUCAAUUUUAAAGAUUUCUUACUUAGUUAAUUAUGGCAUCUGCUAGUAUAAAUACAGUGUUAUUUCUCUUUCCAGAUUUUACAGUAUUUAUUUCUUUUUCUCAUCUUAUUAUGUGAGCUGGGAUCUCUAAUUCAAUGUCAAACACAAAUGAAAAGAGGAUAUUCCCCAUUAUUCAGGAUAGAGAGUCUAGUUUCUUACUGUUAAAUAUGAUGUUAAUUAUAGGGCUUGGUACUAGACCAGAGAUUCUCAACCUGUGGGUUAUGACCCCUCUGGCAAAUCUCUAUCUCCAAAAAUAUUUACAUUAUAAUUCAUAACAGUAGCAAAAUUAUAGUUAUGAAAUCAUGACUGAGGGUCACUACAACAUGAAGAAUUGUAUUAAAGGUUUGCAGCAUUAGGAGACUUGAGCACCACAGGCUUAUAUAAUUAAUAUUUUAUGCCUGUGUGUGUGUGUGUGUGUGUGUGUGUAUGUGUACAUGAAUGUUUGUGCAUGUGCAUAUGGAACCAAAACACAACCCCAGAUAUAAUUGCUCGGAUGUCAUAUACUUUUAUUUUAGAUAGAGUCCUUCUACGGCCCGAAACUCACCAAGUAGGCUAUGCUGACUGGCCAGAGACAUUGGUGUCUCUCUCCUUCUCCACUUCAACACUGUGAUUAUAGGCAUGUACCGCCAUGCUUGGUAAUGUUUGCAAUGAUUCUAGAGCUUGACCUUGGGACCUCAUGCUUGCAAGGCAAGUACCUUACUGACUAUGCUAUCUCUGUAGCACUAAAUAUUAUUUAUUUAGCUAAGAAAAUUCUCUUCCUAGUAUUUAUGAAGACUGGAUUUUAGAUUUUGUUAAAUGAUUUUUCCGUGUCAAUUGACAGCAUAUGCUUUUGCCUCUCUAGAAUGUAUUCUUUUUGAACUUGCUAAUUUAAUAACAUCAAUCUGUAAUGAAAGUUCUUUGGUCUUCACAGGUAGUUGUACCUUGUACAUUAAGAAAUUGCUAGAUAGCACGAUUAGUAAACUGUAUACUAUGGACUAUGGCUACUACUGAGCUAGUUUUUAUUUGCCUCAAAAGCUGAUGACUUUUUAAAUUCUGACAUAUUUGAGAACUAUCUAAUUCUUUUUGUGAUGUAAGAGUUAUGCCUCUCAAGUUUCAUUGCUGGCCAACAGUUGGAACAGAGCUGUUCUCAUUCAGAAGCAUUCAGAGGUCAUCCAAGUCUUUGUGCAGGACACGUUUGUUGUUAUGUAAUAUUCCACCACAAGAAUAACCCACAAACUCUCUACUCAUUCUAUUACUGAUGAGCUCAUUUUGCUAGUUCCUGUCAAUUAUAAAAAUAAAAAGCUCUCACAAAAUACAUUCACAGUUUUUGACUCACUUACUCACUAGAAAUUAAAAAAAAAAAAAAAGCUGUCACGAACAUGUUUAUGCCUUAAGCGUAUUUGUGCAUCUAAGGACACAAACUUUUCUUGCACUAUCAUUUCUGUGCCAUGCAAUGUCUGUGCUUGAUUUUACUCAGUAAGACUAUGCUUUGUUUUUUCAGAGUGCACUGAUAUUCAAGGCUCCAUUUGCACUGUCUGUAGAUGAAUUCCUGAUUUCUCUAGGUGCUUACCAACAGAGCUUGUAGAACUCAGUGUUGUUUGCCAAUAUGGUAAUGUAGUAUUUCCUGUAGAUUUUCCUUCCUGAAGAGCAAUGGAGCCUAGUAAAGUUCUGAAUCUAUUUCUGUAUUAUUUUCCCCUUUUAAUGCACUAAUAUUAUUCUGUGUGUGUUUUCUUUAGUCAACUUCCAAUCCAAGUCUGUGCACCUACUCCUCCCACCUUCUAUUUUUAUUUAAAUGGGUGUGAUUGUUUUGCCUGUAUAUGUCUGUGCACCAUGUACUUGCAGUGCCUGAGGAGCCACAAAGAGGGUGUAGGAUCUUCUGGAGCUGAAGUUACACAUGGUUUUGAGACAUUAUAUGGAUACUAUGAAUGGGGAGCCCUGGUCCUCAGGAAAAAUGAUUAGUGCUCUUAAUGUCUGACACAUUGUUCAAGCCCCUGCCCACCUGUUUUUGAUUGUGAACUUAAUUGUAUUCAUACCACAAAGUUGUUUUUUUCAGUUUAGUAAUAUUUCCUUUUUUAUUUAUUUUUAUUUAAAGACUUCAGUCUAUAUAUAUCCACAUAGGCAAACACUCAUAAACUAAAAUUAAAAUAAAAUUCUUGAAAAAAAUCAUUUAUUAUCAAGUUAAACGUGUAUACUAUAAGGAUGAAAUACCAAAGUAUUAAGAGGACCAGAGAGUAUGGUAUAGUUAUUUACUGGUAUUCAGUAAUCAAUUUAAAAUGGCUUAUGAAUAUAGUACUAUUCUAAAGAAAAAAAUGUGCUUUCAAGAACUGGGCAGAAAACCACACAAAGGGAGUGGCUAGUUGUUUUCCAGAAACCAUAUUACUUAAUAUUCCUUUCACUCCAGGCUGCUUUUAUUGCAGGUCAGACAUUUCUGAGAAGGCAUUUUGUACUCAAUGAUUUUUUUUCCUCUCAGUAGCUAAAUGACAUUCCGGAAGAUUGCACAUUAGAAAUGUCAGUAUUUUUAAUGAUAGUAUAAACCACAAAUGGAUUGUCUAAAAGCUCACUGCGACUGGCCUUACCUAACAAAAUAGCCAGGGCAGUUGAUCUCUCCUUUGCAUUGCUUUAUCAUUUCCAAAAAUAUUAUAUAGUGAAAAAUUUCCCACAAAUCUGGAGGGAAAGAAAACAUAUGUAGGUGGUCAAGAAUAUGGAACUCUUGAUUUAGCUAAGUACUUUUCUACUGUUACUGAAUAUAUUCCUCCACUCAGAGAAUUUGUAGUACUAAAUUGAGCCAUAUCCACUCUUUUUUUUUUCAAAAUAUAUUCCCAUUUUGUGAGACCAUCACUCUGUAACAUUUUAAUUCUCUUGAUAUUUUCUGUGGUUUUAUGCUUUCCUGACUUUAGUUCCUGGUAUCCCAGUAGCAAACACUAGCUUAUGAAUAAGAGAUGAACCUCAAAGAAAAGGCUGAGUUAGACUGGACUCAGAGGUAGUAGUCACUCAAGAAUAGAAUGUAUCCAUGUACAAGGUUUACCUUGACAUUUAAAAUUGUCAGUUGCCAAGUUAGUGAGAGUUUGUCAGCCACAAACAGUGGAGUGAAUCUAGCUGACUACUCCUGGCCAUUUAUUUGACACAUUUGGGAAGAGGGACUGUCAACUGAAAAAUUGCUCCUGUGUAGUUGGCCUGAGGGCAAGAAUGUGGGACAUUUGCUUAAUUGCUUAAUUGUUCAAAAAGGAGGGCCCAUCCACUGGUCCACUGUGGGUAGUGCCAUCCCUAAGUCUUUGGCUUGUAUAAAAAAAGGAGUUGAGCAAGGCAGAGGGAACAAACUGGUAAGCAGCAUUUUUCCAUGACCUCAUCUUUAGUUCCUGCUUUGGCAUCUGUCCCUGAUAGACUAACUUGUAAACCAAAGAAAGCUUUUCCCCUCCAAGUUGGUUUUGUCACAGAGACAAAAAAACAAGCUAGACCAUGCAUUCUUCCAGCUUCUGCUUUACCAUCCCAAUCUUCUGUGUCAAGCACGCAGAUGGAUGCUCAUUUACCUGAGUUGGACUAGAAGAAAACUAUGCAGGAUGCUUGUUCUAAAGGGUCCCACAAGGGGUUUCCAUACUAAAAGCUGGUUUGUGUGUUUAAAAUUUUCCUUCAUGUUGCUUGCACUUAUUAAACAUGUAACUUUGGAAUUUAGUAAAACAGUGCAUAGAUGAUGAUUAUAGGAAAUAUUUUCUAUAAAAAAUAAAUAAAGUACCCAGAAGAGUUUCAGUCAAUGAGAACUGCCAUUAACUUGGAGAUGAACAAGAACAUGAUAAAUAUUUAGAAACACAAGCAUAAAAAUGUAGAAUAGAUUUUCUAAGCUGUAAAUUUCUGAUUUCAUUGUGAGGUUCUUAGGUUGUGUUCCUGUCUCACUUUUUGCUUUUUGAGAAUGGUCUCACCUUGUAGCCUUAGCUGGCCUAGAACUUCAGUUUUUGUCUCCUAAGUAUUGGGAUUAAUGUGCCUCCUCACUAAGUUAACUGCAUUUUAAGAAGGAAAACUAGAAAAUAGUGCUUCUUCUUCUUCUCCUUUUUUUUUUAAUUUUUAUUUUCUUCCAGGCUAUAGUUCAGUCUCCAGAGAAAUGCCUUUUCUUACAUUUAUUAUUUUAAUGUUGAUUAUCUAAUGGAGGUUUUUAAUUGGGAUUCCAUAUUUAAGUUACAAGCAUGAUGUUUUGUUACUCAGAAAAUAAUUUCUAGCUUUGAAACUCACUAAGAUACUGGAGUUUGAUACCAUCUUGGGCAAAAAUCCUGAAAUACAGGAAUUCUUCUUUUUAUGUGUAACUAUGAAGAGAGAAUAUUCCAUGUGCAAGUGCUGGGCUGGAAUACUUCACCUUCCAAAAAAAAAAAAAAAAAAAAAAAAGAGGAAUGAAUUUCUGGACCUAGUCAGGGAAGGAAAUGUACAAGCCCUUCAGCUAUUAGGGAACCCAUCUUGGAUAACGGAACAAUGGAAAGUUAAUGUCUUUGUAAAUUUGUUUUCCUGGCCAUACUAUUCAGGGGCAUAUCAGCCACAUUUCCCCACCUAUUCCAACUUGAGAUGUGACUGAAAAAUAAAGAGACAGAUUCUACCAAUACUCUAGAGUUCCAAAUGAGCUUGCUUUUUCAAAAUAGUGACAAUAGGAGGCUCAACAAUUAUUUGAGAGAUGCUAUCUUUAUUCAAAUUCCUAUUUUAGAACUCAUUUGGAAUUACUUUUCAAGACAGUUUACAUGCUUUGUGGAAUCACAGUUGAGUUACUUCAGAGACACACCUGAUUUUACAAUAGCAGUUUUACCUAUUGUGAUUUGUCAUUGCAUUUACAAAUAGCAACCUUUCUAUCCACAAAUACCAAAGUUUUCCAUAGGCCUAAUAGCUCCAAGGCAAAUUUCAGGAGUAGCAGGUUGGACAAUGAUAAACACCAUUCAGAUGUGAACUAUGCAAUGAGGUGAAUGCUUUCAAGAUGUGUCCUUUUGGAUGUAUACAUUAUUUAAAUAAAAGUUAAAUCAUUAAUAUUUUCUGGAGAGAUAUCAGGAAAAUAUUUUUAUAAAAAAAGAGAUUAUAGAUCUUUCAGAUUUUUCAUUUUAUAUUUCUCUGUCACCCCCCAUUUCACACUAUACAAAAACACAGAAAUACCUGAAUGAACACACAUGACUAUUGUUUGCAAACACAGAGAGACAUCAAGUUGUAUUUUGGCCCUAGACUCCAGGAUGUAAAUCACAGCACUGUGUUUUCUGAAAAAAAUAAAUUGAUUGCAAUAUCUCAGUUUCAUGUAUUGAAAAUAUUCAUUGACAUUAUUGCUUGAGUGAGUCUUGGAUACAUUGACUACUAUUUGAUAGAACAGCUAACUAUAUCAAAGAAAAAUGGGCCAAGGUAUAAUUAUAGUCUAACAUUCUAUGUACUCAGGAAAACUACAGGAGAAUUUGCUUAUAUUUAUUUAGUUAAAGGACCUCUAUGUUACUUUGACCAUCACAACUGUUGUCCUGUGUGGGCACACACAUACUUGUUACAUUGGUGUGUAAGAGGUGAGAGGAUAGACCUUUCUCCUCCAAAUGAAUUUAUCUAGGAUGCACUUUAGUUGCUAGUGGUACUGUUAGGCUGCUGGCUUCCUUUACUUCUGUCCUUCCAUUCUUAAUUCUAGUUAUUUAAUAUCUCUAUUAUGUAUUAUAAAAUCUAACCAGUUAAAGUGUGUGCUUCAAGUUGGACCUUGUGGCUAAUGCCUAUAAUCUUACCACUUGGUCAAGGAGAAUCACUGCAAGUUUAAGGUCAGUCUCAUUAUAUAGUGUCAAAAACAAAAGGAUUUCAGUGGCUUUAUUGUAUAUUUCCAGAAGUGUGAAAACAUGGUUACAUAUAAUUUUAGGAAACAUUUAUCUCCUUAAAAUAUAAUUUGUAUUUAACCAUAUAUACACUAAUAGCUAUUUUUAAUCUUCCUCUAUAACCUCAAAAAACUACUAAUUUGCUUUUUGUCUUGAUAUAUAUAUAACUGGAAAUAUUUCAUAUAAAUAGAAUUAUAUAAUGAUAUAAUUAAUUUGUGGCUAUUUCAGUAUUGUUUUUAAUGAAUAGCCUCUAGCCAGGGUGCUCCUUUAUUUUCCCUUCCUGGUGUGUCCUCAUUGUCAUUUAGAUUUCAGCUUAGUGCUCCUUGCUUCUGAAACUAUUCAGUAUUGUCUCAAGGUUUUACUGUUGAUUUAGUUACUAAUUGGGCCUGUGUAAUACUCUCCUCCCUGAGAAAGAAGAAAGCUUGUAUGCUCCAUUGUAAGACUCUGGUGAGCCUUAACUUACCGGAGACCCCUUGAGUGAACAAAGCAAAGUAGGGGAAUGAUGCAAAAGCAAGAGGACUGUCCCAGCAUGCUGGGGUUGCCCUGCACACACAGGAGGGAGAACAGCUUCAUGCAGCCCCACGUUUCGUGAGUUUUUAUACAGUUUUCAGAGCAGCAGCCAUUAGGCACAAUGUGACUGGCAGAACAGUGUGACUUUUAAACUGACUGGUCUUUAGGGAAUGAGGUGGCAAGGACUUCCCUUGUCUGUAGGUGGCCAGUGGUUGCAGCAUGUAUCUAUAUGCUCUGGGCCUCCCCUACUUCCUGGUGGCUGAUGGUCAGUGGUUGGUCAGUGACCCCUCCCCCAUGGUCUGAGGAAUGCAAUUAAACCUCUCUCUUCAGGAGGGGAGAGGUGCCUAAUUGCUCCAUGACCUCUCUUCCAGGAGGGGAGGGGUCUGGUAGAAUUUUCCAAAUGCCCUGAGCUAACCUCUUCACCAUCCAUUGUGGUCGUGAUAAGCAAUGCUUCUCUCUCCUCCUCAGCAUCUCUGAUGUUUCUCUCUGGAUAGUUAUCACAGUCUGCCUUGAAUCUUGGCUCCUGAGGGCAUUUCUAGCAUGUUUUUUGUUUUGUUUUGUUUUUGUUUUUAACCUUUUUUUCCCCCUGGACUACAAAGAGCUGGAUUGCAAGGUCAGACGAACAGCCCUUAGAAUGAUACGUUUAUGUCAUCCAGUGGGACCUCACAUUGAGUAGGACCUCACUAAAUAGCUCUUGGUUCCCCCUGAGCUUCAUUAAAAGUCAAGGUUUAGAGAAAAUCACUAUAGAGGAGGCAGAAAGAUCUAAAUACCAAGCAGCUGGAGGCAGAAAGCUGUGAAGUGCUGACUUGGCUGUUGCAGGCACUCUCAGUCUCACAGCAGACAGUGUUAUCUGCUCAGGACCUGCCCUGGAUCAAACGUCUCAAAUUUUCAGUAUGGUUAAAGGAAGGGUCCCUGAGACCCAACCCCAUGUCUAGCUUAGGAGAUCUUGAGGGUUAAUGUCUACCAAGAUAGAAAGAUUCACUUUUUUCCUCUAAAGGAGAAUAGGUACUGGUAUACAGUAGAUGGUUCCAUAAUUGCAGGAAUGGGCAGCAUCAAUUGGACUUGACUCUACUAACUAUAUGAAAAAAAGAAAAUAAAA